AUGAGUAUUUCAUCUAUCCACCAUUUGCAAUUCAUUGUUUCAAACGCAAAACAAUCUGCUUUCUGGUACAGCAGUAAUUUUGGAUUCCAUAAGUUUGCUGAAAAAUUAACUGCGGAUUCGACGAGUAUUGCACUAAAAAAUGGGACUGCAAUUGUUAUAAUCACUUCAUUCAAUGGACCGAAUAAAUAUUCGAAACAAUUGAUCCACCAUGGCGAUUUCAUUCAUGACGUAGCGUUUCGAGUCGAUUAUUUGGAUCCUGUGCUCGAGAAUUUGCGACAAAAUGACAUCAGGCUUCUGAAUCAAGGCGAUAUUGAAACCAAAGAAGGAACUGUGCGGAUUGCUACUCUCUUAGCCGAUGGUAGUGAUGUAACUCACACGCUUUAUGAGUUUAAGAAUUAUCAUGGUUUUUUCCUGCCUGGUUUUUCGCCAUGUGAAGACUUUGAGAUGUAUAGGAAUAUGCCAAGAAUGUCUGCAAUUUUAAUGGAUCAUGUUGUUCAAAACUAUCCUAUCGGUGAAAUGGAAUCGGCUGCUGAAUGGUACAACAAAACAAUGGGAUUGAAACGCUUCUGGUCCAUUGAUGACAAAAUAGCAACGUCUGAGUUCUCGGCAAUGUCUGCUUGGCUACUAGUGAAUGAGGAUCACUCCGUGCAAAUGACAUUGGCUGAAGGAGUCAAAGGACGCAAAGGGAAAAGCCAAAUUGAAGAAUUCAUCAGCUUCCAUGGUGGCUCGGGUGUUCAACACUUUGCUCUUUUGGUAACUGAUAUUAUUUCUGCAGUUCAGCUUAUGAAAUCCAGAAGUGUGGAAUUUUUGACAAUUCCCGAUUCAUAUUAUGAUAUUCUUGAAGAGAGACUCAAGCCAACUAAGCUCAAUAUCAAGGAAGACCUUGAGAUGAUUCGUAAAUUGAAUAUUCUGAUGGAUUUUGAUGAGAAUGGAUAUCUUCUUCAAAUUUUCACAAAACCCGUGCAGGAUCGUCCAACUUUGUUCGUCGAGAUUAUUCAGCGCGAAAACUUUCGUGGCUUUGGAGCUGGCAACUUCAAAGCUUUAUUUGAUGCUGUUGAAUUAGAGCAAGCCAAGCGCGGAACUCUUUUCUAA